AAAGUAUCAGUGGCUAUUGUCGUAACACUUUUGGGCAUUUUUGCUCUAGGUUACGCAAACGUGGACCCAGCCGUUUGGCUACAAUUCAUCAAGCAAGUAACUAAUGAUAAAACACAAGUGAUGGUCAAUGAGUCAAACCUUAGAGCGGCCAUACAAUCUGACCCGAGUCACCGUGAUAAACACUUGGCUUAUUGUCGCGUAAUUACUGCAUUUGGUGAUAAAUACAAGGGACAGCUCAAUUCCGAGCAAGAACGUGCAUGGAACAACUUUUGGCCCUAUGCUAGGCGUCUAAAUGAAACGUAUCAUAAUUGUACGACUGAUGCCCUACACGGCUAUGUCGUGGAUCUAAUGAAUGAAAUCGCAAAUAUUGUCGGAUUUCAAUACAAACUGUAUCUCUCGCCGGACGGCAAGUAUGGGUCGGUUAUCAACAACAGUGUGAACGGUAUGAUUGCCGAGAGGGCCGAUUUCGCGGUGGCGGACAUAACAGUGACCGACGCGCGGGCAAAGUAUGUUGACUUUACUCAACCAUUUAUAGAUUACAACCCAUUGGUAGUACUUCUCCACAAACAUUACGCCCAAAACAUGGGGUCAUUCGCCGAUUUGGCCGCGUCUGACCUGCCGUACGGCACCUAUCGCGGUGGUCGCGCCCAUCGAGCUUUCAACCAGUCAGACAAUCCGGUCAUCAAACGUAUGUACAGACAUAUGGAGAGCAAUCCAGACAACAUGGUCGCUAACCUUGGUGAUGUUUUGUACGAAAUGGUAACUGGCAUGCGAUAUGGGUUUAUAACGGUGUCCACUAUCGCCGAGUACUGGUCGGGCAUAUACUGUAACCUCACAUAUGUUGUCGACCCCAACGGCUACUUUCCCAAUGUAUACGCCAUAGCUAUGCCUAAGGGAUCGGUGUAUAUCUCAAAGUUUAAUGAUGCCAUCAGACAACUUAAACACCAGGGUGAAUUGGAUAGAAUUAAGGCUAAGAAUUGGCAGAACUUUUGCGAUAAUCAUGAUGAAGCUAACAAUAUUAUAGUCAACACUUGGAUGAAAUACUGCAUUAAUAGUGACCAUGUUAUGAAAUUGUAUACUGUAUUACCCCCAGACUCGGGAUGUGAACCGAUCAUGCAUUGGGGAUUUAUGUACCAACUAUUUGCCAACCAAUCUAUAACUGACCAGUUUGACCAACUCAUUAGAGUGACCAAAGCGUUCUUCCCUGGAAGAUUUGUCCUUCUUUGGACCUCUCAGGACACUGUCCUUCCGAGGGGUCGGGAAGGACUAUACAUUGUCCUUCUUUGGGUUGCACUG